AUGCUUACAUAUAGUUCUGCCUCUGGGUCACCCAUCUUUCAGCGUCACCCAUUUUCCGUAGCUAAAAACACCAGAAAACCCCAUAUUAGUUCCCACCUUGGUAGUGCUGUUGUUUGUGUUAGUGCUAUGGGGAGGCAACCCUGCUGUGACAAACUUGGGGUGAAGAAAGGUCCUUGGACUGCAGAGGAAGACAAGAAGCUCAUCAACUUCAUUCUCACCAAUGGCCAGUGCUGUUGGCGUGCUGUGCCAAAGCUUGCUGGCCUCAGGCGUUGUGGCAAGAGUUGUCGCCUUCGUUGGACUAAUUAUCUUCGUCCAGACUUGAAGAGAGGACUCCUCACAGAAGCAGAGGAGCAACUUGUUAUCGAUCUCCAUGCCCGUCUUGGCAACAGGUGGUCCAAAAUUGCUUCCAGGUUACCCGGAAGAACAGACAAUGAGAUUAAAAAUCAUUGGAACACACAUAUCAAGAAAAAACUGCUAAAGAUGGGUAUUGAUCCCGUUACUCAUGAACCUCUCAAUAAACAAGCAGCAUCUCAGGAUAGUUCAUCCUCCCCUUCAGAGCAUUUUCCACAAUCUGGAAAUAACCUGGAUCAGGUGAAGGAAACUGACGGGGUUCUCAACUCAGAGGAGAAUUCAAGUUCAUCCCAAGCUGAAAAUUCUUCUGGGGAUGAUUCACUUGCGCUAGAUACCAUUUGCAGUGAGGAUUUUCUAUUAAACACCCUGUGGCUGGAUGAAACUCCUCUGAUGGAAGCAUUAUGGGACACAACAACCAAACUAGAGAAUACUAAUAAUAACAUGGGUUUGCUACCAUCUUGGGAGGACAAUUGCGCUUGGUUAUUGGACUGUCAGGACUUUGGUAUUCAUGAUUUCGGGUUUAACUGCCUCAACGAGAUAGAGUCAAAUGCACUGCAGACUAUAGAAAUGAAGGAAGAGGGGCAUUAA